AUGAGCGACGCGUUUCCGAACCCGUUUGACCCGCCGCCUGCUGCCGAGGCGCCGCCAGUGACGGAAGAUGAACUGAGUCGUGUGCUGCGCGAGUCGCUUGCAUUCGAGCAGGAUGCCGCGCAGCGCCGGCAGGAGGCCGAGGACGCCCAGCUCCGAGAGGCCCUCCGCGCCAGUGAGGAGGAGCAUCAGUGCCAGCAGCGCGCUCUCGAGGAGCAGCGGCGGCGCGAGCGGGAGGUGAUAGAGUCGUCGCGGCGCGAGGCGUUUCGCGAUGAGCGCCGCCGCGAGGCCGAGGAGCAGCGCCUCGCGCUCCUCGAGAUGGAGGUCAUGGCGCGCAGCAAGCGCGAACACGAGGGGCGCCUGCGCACACAGUCGCCGCGAGUGUCGCUGUCGCGCCCCUUCUCGCCGGCGUCGCGCGAAAGUGCGAGCGAUAUCGGGUCGUCGGACAUGGAGCCGCUCCUGUGGCUCCGCCACCGCAGCUCGGCCGCCACGACGGAGAGCUCGUCCAGUGCACCGCACCCACCCAGCACUCCGCCCCGCUUUGAGGAGAUGCCGAACCCGUUUGCGGCGCCAGACGGAGCAUCAGCACCGCUCCCGCCGAACGAGAGCGACACGCCGACCAGCGCGGCCGUCCCACCUCCCGCGGCGCCUGGCCCGGCCACCCACAGCAGGAGCCCCGCACCGCCGCGGCUGUCGCCCAUGCCACCUGCGACCCUGUUCGCGCAGGCCAGCCAUGUGACGGCACAGGCGGACGUCGCGAUGUCGCCCAGAUCCACAGCGGAAGCUGUCUUGCCAGCCGAACACAGGACGAUUCGCCCCACACAUGCGCUGAGCCGCUACGAGGCCUUGUUUGGACGGCACGAGGAGGAGUGGAACGACGAGUGUGGCGCCUCGCCCGCGAGCGAGUCCGGCUCGUCGUUCAGCCUGUCGCCCUCACCGACAUCGCCCGUCGCCGAGACGCCCGUCGCGAGUGAUCCGGUGGCGCUGGGGCGCAUGCUGGGCUUGGCGCCGGACAACGACACGACGCCAGUGCGCGAAACGCCGCCUGCCGUCCCACCUAAAUCCGACGAGGACGACACGCUAUCGCAGGGACCGAACCUAGAGCUGCCGACGCCCACGCCUCACACCGAGCCGCUCGGGUACCCGCCCGCGUAUGUGCCUGGCCACCCGGCGCUGCGGGGUGUACAGUUUGGCGCGGCCAAUGAGCCGUACCCCCUGGAACUGCGCACUCCCGACGGGGCGAUGAUAUACCCCACGCUAGACCUGUCGUCUACGCCGCAGCUGCCCGCGGAUGCCACGCAGCUGUGUUUCCCCCACGUCGUCGAGCUGGGCGGUGCUCAGCCGUACUUUGUGGUGCGCGCCUACUCGUGGAAGGUGCUGCUGCAGGCCCUCGCUUGGCACGGCACGUCGGUCGUGCAAGCGCCAGGCGGGGCGCUCUACGUGCAUGUGGCAUUCGCGGUGCCGAAGCAAGCUACCAGCCCCAGCUUCGCGGCGCCUUCGCUCGUGAGUCUCGCGCUUGGGACGUCCGCGGAGCCGGUGGCCCCCGCGUCCAGCGCACUCGCAGCGGCGUGUGCGUGCCACCAUGUGCCACUGUAUGCAGUACCGCUCGUGGCGCAUCCCCUCUCGCUGCCGACGGACCUGGUGACUCUUGCGCAGUCCCUGUUUACCGCGCCGCAGCUCAGCAUGGCGCCCGCGCUGCGGGAGCUAAAGCAGGCCAUUGCGCGCCAUGGCGAGUGGCUCGACGCGCGCAGCCACGCCAUGGCGUCGCGCACCCACACAUCGCCGAGUGCGGCCGAAACACUGGAGCUGCGCCUGCUCUCCCACCAGCUGGCCUUGCUGGCGCACCCAGUCACCGCGCCGGAUGCCGUCGAGAGCGAGGGCGGGCACCGCGACGCGCUCCGCACGCGCAUGCGCCGCACACUCGCGCGAUGGAACUCGGCGAACGUCGGGAACGACGAGGAUCUAGCUACGUGGAUCACGCCAUACGACGUAGCGAGCCGCCCGUAG